UGAUUUUGGGACGUUGGAUGCGCCCAAUGAUCGAUCAAUUGAUUCUCGUUCUUCACGAUAUUACCAGUUAAUUUUCCGUUCUCAACCGUCGGAUUUGCGGAUACCACUUCUUGCCUAAGCGAUGUCGCAACAACAGAGUGGUGGAAGAGGGCGGGCGAGAGCGACCUCUCGCGGUAGAGCACCCAACCAACCAGCGACCCAAGGCCGAGGCGGUGAUCCCCGCAGACCCGGAGCGGAGCGGCGACCAGGGCAAUCAGCAGCUCCAACACCCCAGCCAGGACCCAGCGCCCAAUCCCAACAGCAACCUGUAUUUUCUGGUCGCGCCGGUUCAAGAAAAGCGGUAAGGGAUGACGCUAGUAUCGCCGCCGGAGUAUCAAGGAUGACCAUCUCCGACACUACCAGCGGUGGAAAUGACGAUAACGGGAACGGGAUUCCGAUUGGUCGAGGAGCUUUGCGCGGGAAAAGGAUCGUCGAGGGAGCUCUCGUUCCCGCGGAGCUCAUGCAGACGAGGAACCCAAGUCUUCGUUCUAAAAAAGGAACCUCUGGUGCUUACGUGAAACUGUGCGCCAAUUACUUCCGGCUUAAAAGUGUCACGAACUGGUGUCUGUAUCAUUACAACGUCUCGUUCAAUCCCUCUACCGAGGACCGCGUCUUUGUCAAGAAACAACUUAUCCGAGACAGACUCCGGGAACUGACGCAGGGCACUGGCUUCCUUUUCGAUGGGAACAGUCUUUUUCUCAGCGUAAAACUUCCUCAAGAUACCAUGGAAUUUGUCGCUGUGCGUAGUUACGACGAAGCUCAAUUCCAAGUCACGAUCCAGUUCACAAACGACCUGCAACCGUCCGAUUAUCAUUAUCUCCAGGUCUUCGGUAUUCUUGUCAGGAAGUGUCUGGGGUCUCUAAACCUCCAGUUGAUCGGAAGGAACUACUUUGAUAAGGUCGCCAAGAGUGAUAUUCCUCGUUUCAAUUUAUCUUUAUGGCCCGGAUACAUAACGAGCAUCCGUCAACACGAGGAGGAUAUAUUGAUGUGCGCAGAAAUCACCACGAAAGUAAUGCGACAAGACACCGCGCUGGAGUUGGCACGAUCGUGCCGCGGAACCAGCGGUGGAAACUUCCAGGAUGCGUUCAAAAAAGCGAUCAUUGGCAUUUCGGUUAUGACCAGGUACAAUGAUAGGAAUUACCGCGUCGAUGACGUAGAUUUCUCAAUGAACCCGCUUAGCGAGUUUGACACAAAGGAAGGAGGGAAAGUCAAAUACGUGGAUUAUUACAAGAAUAAAUACAAUGUGAUAAUCAAGGAUCUGAAGCAACCUCUAUUAGUCUCCAAGAGCAAAGCACGGGAAAUCCGAGCUGGGCAGAGGGACUUCGUCUACCUGGUGCCAGAACUUUGCCUGAUGACUGGUCUCACCGAUGAGAUGGUCUCCAACAUUCAGCUGAUGAAAGCCGUCGCUGAAAUCACACGAGUGGGCCCGGGCGAGAGAAUCGACCGGCUCAUGAAACUCAACGAGCGAUUCCGAUCUGUUCCUCAGGUGGUAGCGGAUUUGAAACAAUGGAAUCUAUCGCUGGACAGCAAGCUGGUUCAAUUCGAGGGUCGCAUCCUACCGGCGUUCAAGAUCGAGGCGGGCAACAAACUGACCUACCCCAGCGGGGAGCACGUGGACUGGACCAAAGAACUCCGCUCCAACGCUCAGUAUUGCUCCAGAGAUCUCCGCAAUUGGGUCGUUCUCGUCCCGGAUAGGAUCUCUCAAAAUGCCCAGACCUUUGUCGGCCUCGUCGUUAAAGCUGCCGCCGGCAUGAAAAUGAAGUUCGCGCCUCCUAGACUAGUGACUAUUCAAGGAGAUAGAAUAAGCGACUAUGUGACCGAGAUUGAUCGGAUCCUGUCCCAAGGAUUACCAGAGCUGCUCAUGUGUUUCCUACCGAAUAACAAGGCGGAUCGCUACGCGGCAAUAAAGAAGAAAUGCUACGUAGACCGCGCAGUGGCGAACCAGGUCAUAUUGGACAGAACUACCCAAAACAAAGGCGCGCUGAGUAUUGCCACAAAAGUAGCGAUUCAGAUGAAUUGCAAAAUGGGUGGUGCUCCUUGGGCUGUGCCAGUCCCUCUGAAGCAUCUGAUGGUGGUGGGUUUCGACGUGAACCACGACACGAACCAGAAGGAGCGCUCGUUCGGGGCCCUGGUGGCCUCGCUCAACAACUCCUACUCGCGCUACUUCAGCGCCAUCUCGGCGCACAAGGACGGGGGCGAGCUCUCGCGGGACUUCUCUCUCCAGAUGGCGGCGGCCCUGCGGCAGUACAAGCAGGCCAACAACGCCCUCCCCGAGCGGAUCGUCAUCUACCGCGACGGCGUCGGCGAGGGGCAGAUCCCCUACGUCAAGGAGACCGAGAUCGCUGCCGUCAAGCACGUCCUCCCGCAGAUCUACGCCGGCACCCAGGUCCCCAAGCUCGUCGUCGUCGUCGUCACCAAGAGGAUCAACACCCGGAUCUUCACCGCCAGGGGCAGGAACCCCGAGCCCGGCACCGUCGUCGAUGACGUCAUAACCUUCCCUCACAAGUACGAUUUCUUUUUGGUUUCGCAAACAGUCAGACAAGGAACUGUGAGUCCUACUUCUUACAACGUCAUUCACGACGAGUGUGACUUCGCGCCGGACCACCUUCAGCGAUUAACCUACGCUCUCACCCACCUGUAUUACAAUUGGAGCGGUACUGUUCGAGUUCCCGCUCCAUGCCAGUACGCCCACAAGCUGGCCUACUUGGUCGGUACGUUACUACAUCAAUCCCCGUGCGACGGGAUGAAGCAGCUUCUGUAUUUCCUGUGAAAAAAGGAACUCAUUAUUUACCUUUCUUUUAGUUCUUUACUCUGUGGCCCAACUAUCUUAGCGUGAUCAAGCACAGCCGAUUUAACCAAGCGACUUUUUAAGCUAACGGCACGGUCAAGUGCCGUAAAAAUCCUCCAUACUCCACUAAAAGUUCACCGAAAAAAAAAAUGAACUUGAUUUAACAUUCUGGACGUGAAUAAAGUGCGCGAGAACUUAUAAAAUGCUGAAUUACCCGCCACAGCAGUUGGUUUUACAUCUUGGCACUGCUAAAGUAACUGCUGUAGCUGGUAAUUCAGCGUUUUAUAGUUGUCGCACACUUUUUUUACAUCCAGAAUGUCGAAUCAACUUCACUAUUUUUUCGGUGUUUCGAAAAUUAUUUACGUAGCUUUUUACGGCUCUAGAAACAUUUUAAGCUUCCUUACCUGGCACACGAGGAACUUUCUUAAAUGCAAUACUUUCUUUGUAAAACCAUAUGAUCCGUUUUUCUUCCUUCUUUUCUUAAUUUUCAGAAUAAAUUUUAUUUAAGUUUUCAUUAGAUCAAAACAUUGAAUGUAUUUGUCGUUUCUGAAUUGCUUACGUGCCAUCUAAUGUGAUGCUUUUUACGCAUUUAAAUAAACUUAAGGGUGUUUUAUGGGUUAUUCUUGAC